AUGGAUAAUGACCUGAAGGAAUCAAAUGAGCUUGUUCAGAGACUUGCCUUGCCUGAGAGUACAAAGAACUUUGUUUUCGCAAUCAAAGUCCCUGAGCAUGAUUCCACCAUUUACUUACUCUCUGUUCACAACUUAUCUCAAAGAUCUGCUACCGACGCAGAGUGUCUCAUACAUGAACUCCGUCCUGAUGCUGUUGUGACUCAGGUGAACCCUUCAGCUUUUGGAGCAGCCGAGGACGAGAUUGUGUUAGAAGACGGAUCCACUGGUUCGAUCCCAACGUCAGUUUUUGAAGUUGUCACACGUUGUGUUUUCGACAAAAAAAUUAGCAAAAAAAAGUACAAACGUGUUGCAGGGAACUUGGUUAUGGAGGAGAUUUUUGGGACAGGUUUUAAUAAGCAUCUAUUGACUGUCGAAAAGGUGGCUGGGGAGGUUGGUUCAACGUAUGUGGUACUUGACUCUCCGUUUGUCAUGAAACAUCUAAGGAAAACUCUCACAGGAAAAGCUUAUCAUGGCUCUGCUUUAAUCAAUGAUCAUCAAUUAGUAAUGCAGAGACUAUUAUUAUCUUCGCAUCUCAGUAAAGGGAUUAAAAAACCAAGGAGGGCUCCACGAUUUGCUCGUUCCACUUAUAACUUACUUGUUCAGAUUCAUAACACAUUAUUUGAUGAUCUCCCAGCUAUUAGGAAAGCUCUAGACAGUGCCACAAAGAUACUCCAUAAUGUGUAUAAAGGGGAAUCCAUUGAUACAGAGGCUCUUACUGAAGCUUACAUAUUCCGGGAUGCAGUUGAAAGUCUUAGAAUUGCUUCGAACAAUGCUGGUCGGAUACUUAUCAAGAACUUAGGAACUGAUGAAGUUCAGUUUUCAAAGCUAUCUUUUACGGACAAAUCUUAUGCACUUAUGGCAGAUGAGCUUCGUAGUCAGGCUAAGAAGUUUAAGACUAUAGUAGGGGUAGUAGAUGCAGACAAUCUCGCAGGUCUUAGGAGGCACUGGAGAACUUGUGUUCCUCAACAAGUCAAAGAUAUGUCCACUGAGCAUACGGUGCAAGGUUUUGAUAGUAAUGAUGAUUCAGGUGCUUUAACACUAUCCAAGGCCAUUUUUGCGUCUCCUAUGUUCAAGAUUUUAACAAUAAAAUCCCCGUUGAACCCUUUCUUGACUCACAAGGCAAUGCCGUUUGCAUUUACCAAAGUGGCGUACCCGUCAACAGUAAUGAGCCUAAUGACUCCGUGUUUUGCUAGUUACGGAGCCCAACCAAUGUCUUUGGAGAAGCUCUCUUUAUCCCCGAGGAAAAUCAUCAGAGCAUUAACAAAGUUUGGUUUAACUUCUGCUCAACGGACUAGCUUCUCUACCAUGAGAGGUGCAUUCUAUACGAUGAUGAUACGGAAACGACUAGCAAAACCUAUCGGUGCCUUACCAAGGGUGGUCUUUGGAGCCAGUCUUGUAAUUUGGUGGGGAUCGCACGUCUAUGGAAAAGGGAUUGAACAUGCAGCUGUGACUCUCCCUUCAGCUCCUUCGAUUGCAAAACUUGGUCGAGGGAUUCAGAAUUUACGUGAGGCUUCUCUGGAAGUGACAAGGAGAGGAAACAACAGGGUACAGAACACAAGAGAGGGUCUUUCUCAAAGGCUGAGUAAAAACUGGACGCUUAAUAUAAAUUUCAAAACCAGUUUUGGUUCGUAA